AUGAACAAUGGUGUGACUGGCAGUAUCUAUGAACGGAUCACUUUGCGCAGCAGCCGUCCCUUCGCCGACUGGACGGCAGUGCGCUGCGCUGUCGCUCUGUCGAGCACGCUCUCGUGCUUCGUUGUCGCCUACUCGCUGCCUCCCGAGGGGGGUAGCGGGUUCGGCGACCUGGUGUACGCCACGGUCCCUCUGGGCUCCGUGGCGACGAAGGGGGACCGAAAGGUCGCCGACCUGAUCACGGCUGCCGGCGCCUCGGCGCCGGCCGACGCCGUGUUCGGCGGCGGGUUCGCGACGGGCGAGACGCCCCGCCCGACGACCUCCGCCUCCGAGGCGGACAAGGGCGACGGCGUCGGCGGCGAUGGCGGGAACGGCGUCACUUGUGACCUGUUCGAGCCGGACCCCACCCCAAUGGAGGACCUCUGA